AUGGGUUUCAUUCAGAAGAUUAUUCGCAAUGAGGCGGCGAAGAGUGAUCCGCCUGAGAUCUAUAACUGGAGGGUGUAUCUUCUCUGCGCCAGUGCUUGUUUUGGUGGCAUGCUGUUUGGAAUGGAUACCGGAAUCAUCGGAGGAGUCUUGAAGCUCGAUCCAUUCAGAGAAAAGUACGGCCUACCAAAGGCAAACGAGAAUAAGACACUCUCCGCAAACCUUGAAGCCAACAUCGUAUCCACCCUUCAAGCUGGCUGCUUCCUCGGCGCACUCCUUGCUGGUUUCGUCGCCGACAGGCUUGGGCGACGCUAUGGACUCAUGAUCGCUGCAUGUCUUGCAACACUUGGUGCUGUAAUGCAAGCUGCUGCUAAUGGUCACUUUCCUGUCAUGUACAUUGGAAGAUUCAUCGCUGGUGUCGGUGUAGGAGCAGCGUCCAUGGUCACACCCCUCUACACAUCCGAGAAUGCACCUCGAGCUAUCCGUGGUGCGCUCACGGGUAUGUACCAGUUCUUCAUCGUCACUGGUGUCUGCAUUGCGUUCUGGAUCAACUAUGGCUCGCUUCUGCACAGCUCGGGCACUGUCCAAUACGUUGUUCCCCUGGCUCUACAGGGCCUGCCCGCCUUGAUACUCUUCUUCGGCAUGUUCUUCAGCAGUGAGACACCAAGAUGGCUCGCUCGCAAGGACCGUUGGGAAGAAUCGACCCAAGUCCUCUCCCGUGUUCGAAACCUCCCUCAGUCCCACGAGUACGUCCAAGCCGAAAUCAAGGAGAUGUUCGACCAACUAGAAUAUGAGCGCCACUUGACCGGUGGUUCAUCUUUCAAAGACUUGGUUAGAGAGAUGGUCACGAUACCUGGCAACCGCAAGCGUGCACUCAUCACUGUUGGUUUGAUGAUUUGCCAGCAGAUGACUGGUACGAACGCUAUCAACUACUAUGCACCGCAAAUCUUCUCCAAUCUCGGCCUCGACGGCACCGAAUCCUCCCUCUUCGCCACCGGAAUCUACGGCGUCCUCAAAAUGGUCGGCUGCGCCCUCUUCCUCGCCCUCGCAGCCGACUCUCUCGGCCGUCGCCGCUCCCUUCUCUGGACCUCCAUCGCCCAAGGCCUCUGCAUGUACUACAUCGGAAUCUACGUCCGAGUCGAGCCACCCAAAUCCGGUGCGCCUGUCCCAGCAGCGGGCUACGUGGCGAUUGUGUGCAUCUAUCUCUUCGCUGUGUUCUUCCAGUUUGGCUGGGGACCGGUCUGCUGGAUCUACGUUAGUGAGAUCCCGACGGCGAGGCUGAGGGCGUUGAAUGUAUCGCUGGGAGCGGCGACGCAGUGGCUGUUCAACUUUUUCGUCGCGAGGGCCACGCCGAAUAUGAUUGCCACCGUGGGCAAGGGCGGAUAUGGCGCGUACUUCAUCUACGGAUCCUUCUGCUUCUGCAUGUUCGUUUUCACCUGGUUCUUAAUCCCAGAGACCAAGGGCAUAAGUUUGGAGAAGAUGGACGAGUUGUUCGGUGCCGUGCCGACGAAGGAUGUUGAUGUUGAGAGGGAUUCGAUUGACCGUGUUAAUGCGGAUGACAAGGGGGAGAUCAGUGUUACGCAGGUCGAGAAGCACUAG